AUGGAUGAACUCAAGGCCAACGGUGUUAAGUAUUAUCGUCGAUUUGUUGAUGAUACUUUUAUCAUUGCAAAAAGAGACGCCAAUGAAGAGAGAAUACAGACCAUCCUCAAUUCUUUUGACGAAGCUGUUCAGUUCACCUUCGAGUCUGCAAAUGAAGUGGAUCACUCUAUAUCCUUUCUGGAUGUUAAAAUUACACCUAGAUCAAGGAAAACGCCAUCAUGGUUCGAUACAAACGUAUAUCGAAAAGAUACGUUAACAGGUUCAAUAUUAAAAUAUUCUUCUUUUGUACCGAUUGAAUACAAACAAAAUGCAAUCUCAUCUAUGGCGUAUCGUGCUAUACAGAUAUGCUCAAACUAUCAUCUGAUGGAUCAAGAAUUAUCAACAAUAAUGGAAAUAAGUGUUGCAAAUGGUUAUCCAACCUCAUUUGUAAACAACAUCAUUGGAAAAACACUUAAUCGUUUCUUUGAAAAUCAAAAGAAACAUUCAAACGUAACAGAUGAAACUAAUAAAUCAAUCAACAUAUCCAUCAAUAAAGUAAAACAAAAACGUUCACCACCACUCAUUGAUAUUCCUUACACAGGUCAACCAACACUCACAUUAGGAAAAAAAUUGAUUAAUAUUGUCAAACAAGUGAGACCAGAUAUUGUUCUUCAACCUAUUCCAAGACCAGCUCCGAAAAUUCAAACAAUAUUUCCUCGUAAGGAUUCACUCGACAAAAAUCUACAAGCAAAUAUAGUUUAUAAAAUUGCUUGUAAAAAUUGUUCUGACGAAUACAUCGGAAAAACAUAUCGACAAGCCAUUCGUAGACAUAUUGAACAUGGCGCAUCACCAACCCUAAUUCGAUCGCGUCAACAAAUACCGAAUAUUCCAUUAUCACAACCAAAACUACUUCAUAACGAAGAAACAAAUCUACGACGUUCCGAACGAAAUACUAAAAAAAUUAUCAAUUAUCAAGAUAAAAACACAUCAUCCUCUGAUGAAACAAUCAUUGAUGGUAGACAGACAACUACCACCGUCACCACUGAAAAAAAUUCUGCUCUCCACAAACAUCAAACAGACACGGGCCACCAACUAGAUUGGGAAAUUUGGAAGAUUAUCAGCAAAGAUUCACACAAAUAUCGCCUACUCGUUCGUGAAUCUCUUGCCAUCUUGAAGCAUAAACCAACAUUGAAUCGCACGGUACAGAGCGCACCGUUGAUCAUCUACUCAUCUGGAAGAAUACAGAAGAAAGUCAAAAUGAAGUACCAACAUGGUAGACGCAUACCCGGGUGA